UUCCCAUUACACUUUUUUUCUCUCUCACACGCAUCUCUGUUCUAUAAAUCCUUUCACCAUCAAUCUCUGUGCUACAAUCGCAGACAGCUGCACAACCAGGAGACAGUACACUGCUGCUAAUUCUGUUGUUGUUUUGUUGAGGGAUCGGAAUAUAUGACGACGGGGCUAGUAGAGCCGCCGGAGAGGGACGGCGGCGCCGUUCCGAGCAUUCGCGUCGGCGCCAAGAAGGGCCGGAACGUGGCUGCGAUGGGGACGGCGAAAAAGAAGCCUCGUUUGCACAAUGCUGUUGGGUUGCAGAGGCUGUUCAUGCUUUGCCGCCAGGUGUUUGAUGGAGUGCCUGGCUCGGUCCCUUCUUCCCGUGACGUGCAGAGGCUCUGCGAUAUUCUAGAUGGUAUGACACCAGAAGAUGUUGGACUAAGUAGCAAUCUGCAGUUCUUUCAGCCUAAAACUAAGGUUGAAGGUAAUCCAAGGGUCACAUUCACAACCAUCUACAACUGCGAUAACUUCUCGCUUUGCUUGUUCUUUCUUCCUGCAAAUGCCGUCAUACCUCUACACAAUCACCCAGGAAUGACAGUAUUCAGCAAGCUUCUACUAGGGAGCCUGCACAUUAAAGCAUAUGAUUGGCUUGACCGCGACUCAGAGUUGUCUUCAAGAGCUGAUGCAGUUAAAGAAGGCAUUGGAAGGAGAUUGGCAAGAUUGAAAGCUGACAAAAUAUUCACAGCACCAUGCAGCACUUCUGUUUUGUACCCAACAUUUGGAGGCAAUAUUCAUGAAUUUAAAGCUAUAACACCAUGUGCAGUGCUUGAUGUGCUUGGCCCUCCCUAUACCAUGGAUGAUGGACGUGACUGCUCAUAUUACAGAGACAUUCCCUUCAAUCCUUCAUCAAAAGCAGAAGAAGAUGGUGAACUUUAUGGAUGGUUGGAAGAGAUUGAAAUGCCCAAGGAUGGAGAGAUGGAUGUUAUCCAAUACUUAGGUCCACAGGUUGUAGAAUAGUUCCUAAGCUAAUCCCAGGUGCUCCUAAUAUUCUCUUUUUUUUUUUUUUGCCUAUUUUCUUUUGGGAGCUGCCAUUUUUUAUUCUUUUUGUCCCCAUUUAGCUCAUUAGAUGUCAUCUUCUCCAAGUACAUGUAAGAUGUAACUAUAUAUGUAACAUGUAUAUAUACCAGAAUAGAGUUUGAAGAUAUAUGUGAGUAGCCUAGUGACAAGUGAGAAUCCCUCUUUCAGUUUUCA